AUGGCAUCGAGACAUCUAAAUGGGUCCACGAAGAAAGCCGAGCAUGGGGACAUGCUACUGGUUGUUCAUGACUUUGAAGCUAGAAGCCCAGAUGAAUUGAGCCUCCGCAAGGGAGACAGAAUCGAGCUCAUAGAAAGAGACGACGAUUUUGGAGAUGGCUGGUAUCUUGGAAAGCACAUACAGAACGGCAAGACAGGGCUAUUUCCUGAGGUCUACACAACAACCACACCAAAGACCAUCCAAGUCUCUGCAACCACCAUGUCCACAGCCGCGAAAGUUGUGGCCGGCAACACAAGCAAUCUCCAUAAAAGUGAUCCAUCCCGAAAAGAAGGGCAAAAACAGGGAAUAGCAACGCUAUCUUUGCAAGGCUCACCUGAGCCUAUAAAUUCUGACGGCGCAACUCCACCACCUCUGAACACCACUCCGCCGUACCAGAGGACAGUUUCAGUCCCGAGUGUCUCUAUAGGAUCCCAAGCGAUGGCCGCUACUACGCCUACGCAAAGAAGCCUCAGUAUGAUGCAUCAAGGGCCAGACGAAGAUAGCCCAGUGAUGAAUGAAACAUUGAGUGUGAUUGAUGAGCAUAUUACAGACAUGAAGAAUCCUCGGUCUGGAGGGCUGGCAGCCGCCAGGAGGCUGACGAAUGAGUCUGGAAGCGAAUACAGUACACACAUCGAUCAACGAACAUCCUAUAUAAACGGCCACGAAACAGACGAAGAAGAGCGCAACCUUCACACAGAAAGAGAGGUGUUGACUUGGUCGCCAAGACAAGUAGCGGAACACUUGGAGGAUAUAGGAGUGGAGCCGAGGCACUGCGAGGUCUUCAAAGAGCAAGAAAUAUCUGGAGAAAUUCUUUUGGCAAUGGAUCAGUCAUCAAUUUUCAUGAAGGAAUUUGAUCUUGGUCCAGUAGGACCCCGACUGCGAACCUGGUACAAAAUAAAAGCGUUGCAAGAGGAAGUCCGAGGACCUGAAAUCAUGAGGAAACAAACGACGAACAUGAUGAGUAGCAAUGCAUCGUCGGAUGAUCUUCGUCUACAGAGAGCAGGGUCUGCUGCAGGGUCAACAUUUUCAACGAACUUGUUCAGCCAGCCAAGUCCUGGCUCUCCUCAUCAAAGACACGGCUCUCCGUAUAUCCGAAAUGAUGGGCCGAGUCCUCAACCCUCACCGUCACCCCAACUGCUGCAUUCUCAAAGGCGAGAUGCAAGUUCUACUCCGGUCUCUUUCACAUUCAAAUCUGGACUAGACAGUCCAGGUAGACCUUCGGCUGCCUCAGUUCGUGAGUUCAACCAUUCACGUCGCCAUUCUGCUGUCGAUUUCGCCUCAACAUUGAGUCCAGCAACUCCAACCAUACCGGAUGAAUCUUCAACAUCUAACCAAAUUAACAUCACCUCACUGCAUAAGAAAUCUCCUUCCCUUGAUCGCAACUGGGCAAUGGGAGGUCCUCAUCCUGCAAUGAACGGCCGACCACGCUCUGCUACCAGUGGAAGCUUGUUUCUUCGCAACACCUUCGACCCGCAUGCUACAGAGUCAAGUCAAUCUCAUGAUAUCUCACGCGAUCUUGACCGCGAGUACGUUUCUGGCGGCGAAAUGGAUGGCAAGAAAGCACGAAACGUGUUAAGAAAGCGCGACACUACUAGCGUGAAUCACUCACGGCAGAGCUCUUACCAUGCAGAGACCAAACGACUGAGCUUUGCGGGAGCAAUGCGCCACUCUCGUUUUAGCAGCGUUGAUUCUAUCAAGGAUACUGUAGCAGCUCUAACCUCUCCUGCGACCAAGCUGUAUCAAAACAACAAUUUCAUGGGGCACUUUCGUAACUCCUCUGCCAACGAGGCAGUAACGGCGACGCCAUCAACGGCUGAUAUAAGUUCACCAACUGUCACUAAGCUUGAGUAUGACAGCAAAAACACAAGUACAAAGCCAAAUAUGAAGAUAAUAACGUCGUCAACCGACGCCAGCAAUGGAGCAGCUUCGAAUGGCUCACCGAAGUCGGCAGUCGCUCCCGCUAAGUCAAUCUCAAAGCCUCGCAUGGGUCUCCGGGCUAUUUCAGACGCCGUUACCGGCACCGAGAGGGCUCUUGUCUCCACUCCAGCUUCAGUCCCAUCACCAAUCAAGGAGGCUUCUGUACAAUCUCCUGCGCGUACAGGUUCCACAUCGCCCUCUGCAGCGUCUCAGAGCAUCGAGCGAGAGAGUACCGAUGCUUCUUCCAAGGAUACCAGUGGCGCACCUACAAGACUCACACCUACCAGUGGGACGCGUCGGAAACCGAAGAAGGAGACCAGCGCAUACAUCCGCGGCCUGGAGCAUAAGUCUCCUAAGGAUCAAAUGGAGGGUUGUGAUUAUAGUGGCUGGAUGAAAAAACGGUCGUCCAACAUCAUGACGACUUGGAAGCCUCGACUUUUUGUGCUGCGCGGCCGCCGUCUCUCAUAUUACUAUGCCGAGACAGAUACACAAGAGAAGGGUCUCAUUGACAUUUCCUCUCAUCGCGUCCUCCCGGCCGAUCGCGACAUCAUCGCCGGUAUCCACGCGACCGUGACUGGUGCAAAGUCCUCUCCAGUGUCGCCUGCAACCGCCCAGAUGCCGACUUUAGCCUCCGAAGAUGCAGCAACAAUACAAUCUAGAUUGCCUGUUCAGAAAGCUGAUUCGGACUCGAUGUUCAUCUUCAAGCUCGUUCCACCCCGUACUGGUCUCUCCCGCGCCGUCAACUUCACGAAACCAACUGUUCAUUAUUUUGCCGUCGAGAAUAUCGCCCAGGGCCGUCUGUGGAUGGCCGCGUUGAUGAAGGCAACCAUUGACCGUGACGAGACCAAACCCAUCACCACCACAUAUCAGCAGAAAACCAUCAGCCUUGGGAAAGCAAGGGCCAUGAAACAGCGACCCCCAGCGCUCAUGAACCUCCUUCAAGAGAAGACUGAAGGAGGGGGAAACGAAGUGAAAAGCGAGGGGAUGGGCUUGAAUAUCCAAGGGCUGGAACAAGACAAGGAAGGGACUGGGAGCUUAGAUUGUGCGCUACCACGACCGACGGAGGAAGAGAAUAAUGUGGAUGAAGCGAAGGAAGAGUAA